AUGGGAGAUGCUGAAGCUGUCACCAUUGAUGCAUCACAAAUUGUUACAGUUGAAACUAUCGAUGAUGUCGAUCGAAAGCGAAACCAUCCACUUCACCUUCAUCACUCAGAUACUCCUGCUAGUGUGCUCACCACUGUGCAGCUUACAGGGAUGGAGAAUUACUCUCUAUGGAGCAGAUCCAUGUUGAUUAACCUUCGAGCCAAGAGUAAGUUGGGAUUUGUGUUGGGGACUUGCAAGAAGAGUGCUUAUCAAGGUGAACUGGAAGAGCAAUGGGAGAAGUGCAAUGCAUUUGUACUUGCUUGGAUCAUGAACACUGUGUCGAAGGAGCUGCUCAGUGGGAUUGUCUAUGCUACAGAUGCAGCCAUGGUGUGGACAGAUCUGAAAGAGAGAUUUGAUAAGGUUGACGGAUCGAGAAGUUAUCAACUACACAGGGAGAUCUGCACGAUUCAUCAAGGUAAUUUGACAAUUUCAACAUAUUUCUCGAAAUUGCGAUUGUUGUGGGAUGAGUUUGAUGCACUGGUUUCUCCACCUUCAUGCAAAUGCGAUAAAUCUAGAACUUAUGUUGAUCACCUAGCUUGUUUGAGACUAUUUGCUUUUUUGAUGGGAUUGAAUGAAGUGUAUGGUCAUGCACGAAGUCAAAUCCUGAUGAUGAACCCUCUACCUACUGUUGGAAAGGCAUAUGCUAUGUUGAUGGCAGAUGAAGGCCAACGUAUGACUGCAAGUUCACAUGCAGUGGGGGGUAUUUUAGAUCCAACUGCUCUGUAUGCAGGGAAAGGAAUUCUAGAUCCAACUGCAUUAUAUGCAGGGAAGGGGAAUUCUCAGAGAAAAUUUCAGGAUAAAAAGAAGAAUUGGGAUCAAAUAUGUGAUCACUGUAAAUUGCAAGGCCACAUCAAGGAAAAUUGUUUCAGGUUAAUUGGAUACCCUGUUGAUUGGAAGUUCAAGAAGAAGUCAGGACCACCAGCAAAUCAAGUUCAGAAUAAUAAGCAACAGGACAUGGCAAAUCAUGCAAAUGCUACCAGAUAUGAUGAUUCUGAUGAUGCUUUUGGCCCUUUGCUCCAAGAGAAGAACAUGUAUCACAAGUAUAAGCACAUGAUGGACAAAGAGGAAGAAGGAUCAAGCUCCAAAGGUGCAUUGGAUAUGGCUAACAUGGCAGGUAUAAUUUCAAAACCCAAAGCAUUAUCAGUGACAACUAGAGAAACCGAAAAGGGAGAUAGAUGGAUAAUGGAUUCAGGUGCUACAUGCCAUAUGACAUCUAAGCUCAAUAAAUUGACAUCUGCAUCUAGUUGUCUAGGCAGGAGGGUGCAUUUACCUAAUGGUGAAUCUACUUCAGUGUCUUAUGUUGGUAAAUGUGAGACUAUUGAUGGCAAUGUAUUGUAUAAUGUUUUGGUGGUACCUGCAUUCAAGCAUGAUCUUAUUUCAGUAUCACAGAUUACAAGACAAUUGAAAUGCUCAGUUAACUUCUUUCCUGAGUUUUUUGUUCUUCACGACCUCUCCAAUGGGAAAGUUAAGGGGAUUGGUAAGGAGAUUGAUGGACUCUACUACUUCCCUAUUCAGAACCCAUGUGGAGAAGGAAGGAAUGAUGAUAUGGUGUCCCUCACUCAACACUCAGAUGCACACAAGCUCCUUUGGCAUUACAGGCUAGGACACCCUUCAAUAAAGGUCUUGAAAUAUGUAACUCUAGGAAAGGAGAAUAUAGACAUUACUGCAUGUAAUAAAUGUUCAAUAUGUCCCCUUGCAAAGCAAACCAGAUUGCCUUUCCACUCAAGUGUAUCUAGAGCUGUUGAGGUUUUUGACUUGCUUCACUUAGAUAUUUGGGACCAUAUAGGACUGCUACUCAUAAUGGUUGUAGAUUUUUUCUGA